AUGGCAGUGGAACUGUUAGAUCUGUGUUAUAACGAUUCUAGUGUUCAGGCGUUCAACAUCCUUAAUAAAGAACUUCAAGAUUUUAACAACAGAACCAUUGUAGAGAUUUCUAAACUGGCAAACAACAAGUUUUUCUUGGCUCAUUCGUGUUGUCAGAAAUGGUUGGGACAGCGUUGGUGUGGUAAAAUACAAAUACGAGAAUUGGAUUGGGGAAUUAAACUGCCUGAUUGGUUUAAAAUCUACACCAGCGUAUUCCUAGUCUUUCCCAUGUUUGUCUGGAUCUCGUUUAAAACGUCGGAAAUCACGUAUAGUGGUGAGGAAAAUGAAGAAGGAGAAGAAGAUGAUGAAGAGGCCAAUGAAGAUAAUUUUAUGUUACAAACUAACAAUAUGACACCAAAACGGAAACAGAAGAAAACCGAUGAAGUAAUAAUAAAGAUACAGAACCUCGUUGAUCGUGGUGAAACUAAACUUCCUGUUUAUAAACAAAUCUUCUAUCUAUGGAGUGCUCCUAUUACUAAAUUCUGGAUUCAUCAGCUAUUCUAUGUAUUAUUUUUGGCAUUGUUCAGUGUGGCCACGUUAAUGCCUACCUGUGGUAAUGUUUUUAUGAAUUUUGCGGUGUUUCUAUGGACAUUGAUGAUCUGGUUGGAAAUUACUCGAAUGACCUACGUUAAAAAAUGGAAAUAUCCUGAAGUACCGAUAUUUUUAGCGACAGUAGAAAUUGGACUAAUUUUAGUAUUUUUAUUAGUAUAUUUGAUAUUCCGUAUUUUACCUCAUUUUGUGGAUCAUAUAGACUAUAUGACGGCCAAGUUCUUGAUGAGUAUUGGGUUGUUAUUUUUCUAUUAUCGAACUCUCGCUGUUUUCUUACCAAUUUCAAGAACUCUUGGACCAAUGUUGAUUGCUAUUAAAAGAAUGAUACGUAAAGAUUUUUUAACAUGGUUCCGUAUGUUUAUGAUAGUGAUGGUAUCUGGUGGUAUUUCAAUCCAUGCUUCACUCUAUCCUAACUUCCCAAUCACUGUGGAUGCGUUAAAAAAGGCGUUCGCUCGAGCAUUUUUCGCCAUGUUUUUAACCAAGAUUGAUGAUCUUGAUGGUGAUCCAUCGUGUUCGUAUUUAUAUCAAAAUGUUUCUGAUGAAUAUUGUGCAGUGGCCGACCACAGCAGGCUAGAAGAAUGUCCAUACAGUAGUUUUGGUGGAUAUUUUAUUGUUAUUCAGUAUUUGUUGAUUACCAAACUAAUUCUAGUUACCCUACUCUUUGCUAUGUUUAGUGCCACGAAUGCUCAAGUAUCAAAAGAAGCGUUAGAGAUCUGGAAAUACCAGCGUUACGGACUGAUUGUUGAUUUUGAAGAACGACUGAGAUUACCAGCUCCAUUUACCUGUAUCAGUUAUCUUCUCAUGUUUCUGCAGUUAAUAUUCAUACAACUACGACGAUUAAAAAACAGCAUCUCAGUGUGUUGUGCCAAAUGUUGUCGAAGGUCUCAAGAUUCAACAAUUUCCAGGUUGAUCACUGGUAAAAGUUUACGAGUAGGUUUAUCUCAUUAUUUCUUGAUAUAA